UAGCGACCUGGGUUGAUAAUAGUAAUAACAAAGAAAUUAUGGUGUUUAAAUAUGCACUAACUGUGGCCUUUUCAUGGUCUGAGAAUAUUAACUGACAUGACCAAAUCUAGAAUCCAAUCAAAUUAACAUUUCCAUGAAAUGCGGCAGUCCACUAGGUGGUUGCUAAGGACCAUUGUUAGGUACAUUGCGUAAGAAGCCUGUCGCUACCUGAUACUAGAGCUGAACCGCUGGUCACCGCCUGAACAUGGACGACAGGACUGGAGCAAAGUGUCUCUCAGACUACUUGACAACUGACUUUGGAGACAACCUGCAGAAACAUCUGUUGACAGCUUAUCCGUCCACAGACAUCGUUCUAGCCCCCACCAUGCGCCUCAUUCAGAAGAGGAGAGAAGAGAUGGAAACACAGAAUACCUUAGAGGCCUGUAGACAGAAGUUUGACCAGAAGCUGUCGGCCCAGCGAGUGAGAAAGGAGGAGCUGGAGCAGAGGGAGGCCGACAUAAAGGAUGAUCUGAGGAACUUUGACAGUUUUCUAAAGGAGAGCCAGCUGAAGUGGAGCCGGGCAGGGAGGAGGGCUGUGAGGGAGAGGGCGCUGGCAGCUCAGGCUGCAGCACAGCUGGUCCUCCUGAGGAGAGAGCUGAAGGAACUCACACUGAAGAAGGAAAAACUGUUGACUUUGGUACAGAAGCACAAAAUAUUCCCCCGCUAUCUAGAUCAAGUGGUCAGAGCCAGUGAGCAGUUCCAGGAGGCCUGGCAGGCGACAUCCCGGAUGGACACGCUGCUGCAGACCAGGGAGGAUCUUCUGAGCAGCACGCAGCAGAACGAGAGCUGCUCCCAGAGGAUCCGCGCCCAGCUCCGGCACGUCCAGGACCAGACCAGCGGCGCGCUGCUGGUACUCAACAACCAGUUGGCCAGCCUGCAGGUGGAGUUGGACAAGGCCUGCCAUCGUACCGCUGUGUGGGAGAACCGUUGGGCUCACAUCCAGAACACCGCAGCCAAGGACACCCUGCUGUUGGGAACCAUCAAAGUGGCCAUUUUAAACCUGUAUCAAAUCACCAGCAAGAAAACCAAAGAUAGCAAAGAGACUGUGGCCCUUGAGGACACAGCCACACAGCUGGAGAAGGUCCAGACGUACCUCAGGAAUCUCUCGGCUGUCUGGGAGGAGGUAAACCGAUGCUGACUUCUACAUGAGGAUCUUUUAACUCUGUAUAAACCAGUCUGAAAUAAGUAGUCUAACAGUCAUGACAUGGACUUCUGGUUCUUUUAUUGGGAAACAAUGAUAGCAGGUUGUAAACAGGGGGAUCCACAGUUUAAGCCCUCCUGACUGAUGUGUGCAUAUAGUGAGACAAGACGGAACAAGAAUAGACCAACAUUUUUUUAAGAACACAAGUCUGUUUGACUGAACCCCAAAAGUGAUGGUGUUUCCACAGUCCCUGGCUGCUGCUGUCCUCCUGCCUGACAGCCAGAGCACACAACCAGGGUUCAGUCUGACACUACAGUCCAAUUUUCAAUACACCUUGAAAUUCUUUUUCAGUUUCUUAAAUCUAUCCCAGCCAGCGAGGUAUGAUAAUGCACCUCCAACCUCCAUAAAUACAUUCAGCAAUCACAACACAAAGGAAACAAACAUUAAAAGUUGUCAGUGUUGUUUGACGAUGUUACGACAUUGUCUACAUUAUUACCAUGGUGACAAAACUAAUACUUUUUUU